GUAAGUGAAAAAUAAAAUAAUAAGGAAAAUUAUGUCAAGUAGAAUGAGUACAAAACGACCACACGCCGAAGCCGAACGUCAGCUCCGAAGUCCCAACCAGAUUGUAAGGCGUUUUCGAACGGAGAGAAUUUGGGCAAAUUUGGAAGUAAACAAAUUUUGAUCUUCCAAAGCAAAUAAGCAGAGCAUCGCUCUGUUUCAUUUCUUCUUCAAUAUCGUCCUUUUGAGCUAAGGUAGACAAAUGGGAGAUCCUCCGGAUCCAGAUUUGAUAAGUGAUCUGCCUCAAAGCAUCAUAGAGAGCAUCCUCACUCAUUUGCCGAUAAGAGAUGCUGUAAGAACUAGUAUUUUGUCUACUAAAUGGAGGUAUAAAUGGAACUCACUCACUCAACUUGUAUUUGAUGAGAAAUGUGUAACUCUAUGUGCUGACCGAGCUCUUGUUGAGAAAAAUCUCAUAAACUUUAUCACACGAGCUCUCUUUCUUCACCAAGGACCAAUUCACAAGUUUCAACUUUCUACUUCCUACUUGCAGAGCUGCUCGGAUAUAGAUCAAUGGAUACUUUUCCUUUCAAGGAAUGAUAUUAAAGAGUUGGUUCUUGAAUUAGGAGAAGGUGAGUGGUUUAGGGUACCUUCAUGUCUUUUUCAUUGUAAAAAGUUGACCCGAUUGGAGCUGUUUCGAUGCGAGUUGGAUCCACCGCCUAGUUUUACAGGAUUUUUAGGUUUGAAGAGCCUCAAUCUCCAUCAAGUUAUAGUUGCUCCUGACGUAAUUGAAAGUCUUAUUUCAAGUUGUCCUCAACUUGAGAGUUUGGCAUUAUCAUACUUUGAUAGUUUAGCUCUGAAUGUAUGCGCUCCAAAUCUGAAAUACUUGUGUCUUGAAGGUGAAUUUAAGGACAUAUGUCUAGAAAAUACUCCACUUUUGGUUUCUGUUUCUGUUGCUAUGUAUAUGACAGAUGACAUUGCUGAGCACUUUGAGCAAAGUUCUAGUUGCAAUUUCAUCAAGUUUCUUGGUGGUGUACCUUGUCUUGAGAGGCUUAUUGGGCAUAUAUACUUCACUAAGUAUUUGAGUAUAGGCCAUGACCUUGGACGAUUGACAAUUACAUAUAGCCAUUUAAAGGUUAUCGAAUUAUACCAAGUAAGUUUUGAAGAUAUGAAAGAGAUAUUUGUUGUUCUUCGCUUGAUUACCAGCUCUCCAAAUUUAGAGGAACUUCAUAUCUCGGGAUCUUCAAACACAUUAGCCGCAAUUGAAGCACUGGAUUUGGAUCUUUGGGAGAAAGAAAGCCUCUCAAAAUGCACAUUUCCAAAACUUAAACUUGUGAAGAUGACAGAAAUGUCUGGUGUACCACAUGAAAUGGAAUUUAUCAAGUUUUUGCUUGGCAGCUCACCAGAGCUUGAGAUAAUGAGUAUUAUGCCUUGUGGAUAUGUCGUAGAUGGAAGAUUGAAUAUGCUGAUUGAGUUGGUGAAGUUUAGACGUGCAUCUGCUCGAGCAGAAAUAUUAUUCAUCCAAGAUUAAGCAUUUGUAUAUGUCUUGUAAAUUUAUAUUUGGGGUUUCUCAUGCCCAACAAAGCUAGACGACUCAUUGUUUCUGUUUGUAUCUAAUUUUUGUUGAUGUAGAUAACAUGUACUUUUUUUUGUCCCCCUAAUUGUUUAUUACUAAUGGAUAAAUAAAUAAAACUCCCAAUUGAUCUUUGGUUGCU